AUGGGCAAGGUCUUCGACGCGGCAGAAGUCGCAAAACACAACACCCCAGAAAGCUGCUGGGUAAUUCUAUAUGGCAAAGUCUACGAUGUUACCGACUUUCUAUCAGAGCACCCUGGUGGUGCCAGGAUCAUUCUGAAGCUCGCAGGCAAGGAUGCCACCGAGGAAUAUGACCCCAUCCACCCCCCAGGGAUCCUGGAGGAAAACCUGAAAUCCGAAGCAUUCCUGGGAACCGUCAAUGCUGAUACUCUGCCCAAGGUGCAGGCGGAGCCUCCGUCAGAUGCGGUGGAGCAGGAGGGUCCGCCCCCGAUGGAGGAUCUACUCAACAUGGACGAUAUCGAGCAGGUGGCCACGAAGAACGUGAGCAAGAAGGCCUGGGCCUAUUACUACUCCGCGUCUGAUGACAAGAUUACGAAACACUUCAACACCGAAGUCUACCGCUCCAUUCUCCUACGCCCUCGGGUGUUCGUCGACUGCACAAAAUGUGACCUUGAUACCACCGCCCUGGGCCACAAGCUCGGCAUGCCCAUCUACGUGUCGCCCGCCGCCAUGGCCCGUUUGGGCCACCCCGCGGGCGAAGCGGGCAUCGCAGAAGCCUGUCGCAGCUUCGGGGCCAUGCAGAUCAUUUCCAACAACGCGUCCAUGACGCCAGAGCAGAUUGUCCAGGAUGCCGCUCCAGACCAGGUGUUUGGGUGGCAGCUGUACGUCCAGGUAGACCGGAAGAAGAGCGAGGUCAUGCUGGAACGCAUUAACAAGCUCAAGGCGAUCAAGUUCAUUGUUCUCACCCUGGACGCUCCGGUACCGGGUAAGCGAGAGGACGAUGAGCGUGGCAACGCAGUGGGGGCAUCGGCACCGGUUGCGAGCGCCGCCCAGGCUGCAUACAAGGCUUCGGAUAGCGCUUCAAAUGCCAACAAUGGUGGAGGAGGUGUUGGACGACAACUUUUCGCGGGCACGGAUCCAUCACUGACAUGGCGAGAGACCUUGCCCUGGUUGGCAAAGCAUACGGACCGACCCAUCAUUCUGAAGGGUCUGCAGUCCCACGAGGAUGCGUACAUCGCAUCUCUCCACACUCCCCAGGUCAAGGGUAUCAUCCUCUCCAACCACGGCGGGCGUGCUCUCGACACCGCCCCUCCCGCGGUGCACACGCUGCUAGAAAUCCGGAAAUACUGUCCCGAGGUUUUCGACAAACUGGAGGUCUGGGCCGACGGCGGCAUCCGUCGAGGCACGGAUGUUGUCAAGGCCCUGUGUCUGGGUGCCAGGGGCGUGGGCAUUGGACGGCCUGCUCUGUGGGGCUUAGGAGCCGGCGGUGUCGAGGGUGUGAAACGCACCCUGCAGAUUCUAUCCGAUGAAACCAAGACAUGCAUGCGGUUACUUGGGGUGGAGCGUGUGGAAGAUCUGGGUCCUCAUCACAUCAACACGCGUCUGGUGGAACAGCAGCUUUACGAUGGUCCUUCGGGACUGGAUAAAAUCCGGGGCACAUUCCGUGCCAGGCUAUGA